AUGGCUUCAUUCGGAUUCUACUGCGAUUUGGUGUGCUCAAUACCGAUAUACUUGAUAACUGGUGUAAUUUGUAAAAUAUACCCGAGUUUGCGGAUAUCGAAGGUCCUAAGGAUCUGCGAGAUUGUGACCAUGUUCAAAUUUCUUCGCAUCAAGAAGUUUUUAAAGUACUUGGGUCACACCACUGAACUGAUCAGACAUUACUACUACUCUAGGCGAAGCCUCAAGUAUCUCUUAGUUUCCCUUUUGGCGCUUCAUUGGUCUACGUGCAUGUACAUCUCUAUAUCCGAAUGGUUUUACUACUUCAAUCACGAUAAUGAGUACCCAAUUCCCAGUUUAUCAACGAGAAACGCGCUUCUCUACGAUUACCUAUCCAUUUACUGCCAAUCUCUGCAUAAGGUCAGUUCGUAUCUCUUAGGCGUAUCGAUUGUGACUGGAUUUCGCAGAACAGUUUACUUCCAAAUUACGGAACCCCGCGAGCUCACCUGCUUCUUGAUUUUCUCCCCAAUCGGUUACAUCUUCUGCAACUUGCUUCUGGUGUUGGUUCUUCAGAUGAUCAUCUCCAUGAACUCCUCCGAGAUCAAGUACAAUGAGAUUCUAUCGCAGGUGAACUGCUACAUGUCGCACAAAGAUUUGCCUAACAACAUGAAGGAGCGAAUCCUUUCUUAUUACGAUUACCGCUUCCAGAAGAAAUAUUUCAGGGAGAGCACCAUAAUGGCUAUGCUUUCCGAAACUCUUCGGAGAGACAUCAAUUUACAUUCUUGUCGCACGCUUAUCGACAGUGUUCCACUAUUAAAAGACUUACCUUCCGAAAUCAUCUCGGAGGUCGUUCACCAUUUAAGGCACGAAGUCUUUCUGUACAAUGACAUAAUUGUAAAGGCAGGUGCAAUCGGUGAUUGCAUGUACUUCAUAUCUAAUGGAACUGUAGCAGUAUCAACGCCAACCGGAAAAGAAAUUUGCCAUCUGCAAGAUGGGGCUUACUUUGGCGAAAUCGCUUUAAUAUCCAAAGAUCAGAAACGCGUUGCCAAUGUUGUUGCAAUUGAAAUCUGCGAGAUUUACAGGCUGGACCGAAGGAAUUUCAGAAACUGCUUUCCCACUAAUUCAGUGUUCUACAAGAAAAUAGAGCAGAUCGCUCAGGAGAGAAUGGAGAAGACGGUUUUGCUAGAAGAGCUACAUAAAAAGUAUGUUUUAGAGAGGACAACGAAGCACAAAGCAGAGGAAGCUCAAAAUAUAGAUAUUUUCUAA